CCAUGCGUGCCCAUGACGCCAGAUUUUAAAAGGAAUUGCAAGAAAUGUAAUCUCCAGUGGUCCUAGAGUCCUCCUGGCACCCAGCUUCUGGCACCCUGUGGACACCCAGAAGUGGGGGGUGGCCCAGUCAGCUGUGCAGCCGCCCAGCCCUAUCAGCGGGAGCUUCCUCUUUCCCUGCCCUCCGAUACACCCUCACUGGCACUGAGCGAGCCCGGGUAGGGGGAGGUGCACAGUUCCCUUCCUGUGGGGAGCGAGAAAUUGCGGAGAACAGGGAGGAGGGUGGCGAGAAGGGUCAGGUGCACGGUACCGGCCGCACCCGCCCGGAAUUCUGAUUCCCUGGAGCGCUCACCCAGCUCGCACUGUCCCAGGGGAGUGCCAGUGGGGGGGGGGUGACUCUCCAGGAUGCACCCGGGCGGGAUGGGGAUGGCUGCGGAGGCUGCCUCCCUCCUCCUCCGCCCCCCAUUGUUGGGCGCGGCGCGCGGCCUCGGGCUCCAUGGAGACGUGCACAGCCGGGAGGGCGGGGACGCGGCGGGAGGUGUGCGGGGUCCGGGGGCGCGGAGAGCGCGAGGGAGGAGAUUGGGAGCGGCGGAGGGAGCGCGCCGGGGCAGCCUUGCGUGCGCUCCUCCCGGCGCCAGCAGCCCGCCCUGUGCAGCCCAAAUCGGUCCGGAGGCUGCCUCCCGGGGGCCUGGGGAUCCGCGGGGUUUGGAGAUCCGAGACAGCGCGGAGCCGGCGACCAGCACCGAGCCUGGAGACAGCCUGAGGAACCUCAAGGUCUGGAGCCGGGAGUCCGGAGGAACGCGGAGCCCGAGGCUGCGCGUCUGGGUCUGCGCUUCCCGGCUGGACGGCGCGCCCGCUGUCUUCGCCCCGAGCCCUCCCCUGGGCUCCCUCUCCUGGGUCCCCGCCGGAGGCGCGCCCACUCCGCCCGGACUUCCAGCCCCGGAGGCGCGGGACAGAGCCUCGGACCCCGCCUCCCGAUGCACCUCAACAGCUCCACGCCAGGGGUCCCGGGCGCACCGGCCGCCGACCCCUUCCAGCGGGCGCAGGCGGGACUGGAGGCGGCACUCCGGGCCCCGGGCUUCGGCAACGGCUCGGGCAACGCGUCGGAGCGUGUCCUGGAGGCGCCCAGCAGCCAUCUGGACGUGAACACCGACAUCUACUCCAAGGCGCUGGUAACCGCCGUGUACCUGGCGCUCUUCGCGGUGGGCACGGUGGGCAACGCAGUGACGGCAUUCACACUGGCGCGGAAGAAGUCGCUGCAGAGCCUGCAGAGCACCGUGCACUACCACCUGGGCAGCCUGGCGCUGUCGGACCUGCUCACGCUGCUGCUGGCGAUGCCCGUGGAGCUGUACAACUUCAUCUGGGUGCACCACCCCUGGGCCUUCGGUGACGCUGGCUGCCGCGGCUACUACUUCGUGCGCGACGCCUGCACCUACGCCACCGCCCUCAACGUGGCCAGCCUGAGCGUGGAGCGCUACCUGGCCAUCUGCCACCCCUUCAAGGCCAAGACCCUCAUGUCCCGAAGCCGCACCAAGAAGUUCAUCAGCGCCAUCUGGCUGGCCUCGGGCCUGCUGGCGGUGCCCAUGCUGUUCACCAUGGGCCAGCAGAACCGCAGCGCCGAUGGCCAGCACCCUGGGGGCCUGGUGUGCACGCCCACCAUCCACACGGCCACGGUCAAGACUGUCAUCCAGGUCAACACCUUCAUGUCCUUCAUAUUCCCCAUGGUGGUCAUCUCCGUCCUGAACACCAUCAUUGCCAACAAGCUGACAGUCAUGGUCCGCCAGGCGGCUGAGCAGGGCCAGGUGUGCACGGUGGGGGACCAGCACAGCACAUUCAGCAUGGCCAUCGAGCCCGGCAGGGUCCAGGCCCUGCGGCAUGGUGUACACGUCCUACGUGCAGUGGUCAUUGCCUUUGUGGUCUGCUGGCUGCCCUAUCACGUGCGGCGCCUCAUGUUCUGCUACAUUUCGGAUGAGCAGUGGACUCCGUUUCUCUAUGACUUCUAUCACUACUUCUACAUGGUUACCAACGUGCUCUUCUACGUCAGCUCCACCAUCAACCCCAUCCUGUACAACCUCGUCUCCGCCAACUUCCGCCACAUCUUCCUGGCCACGCUGGCCUGCCUCUGCCCCAUGUGGCCUCGAAGGAGGAAGAGACCGGCCUUCUUGAGGAAGGCCAACAGCAUGUCCAGCAACCACACCCUCUCCAGCAAUGCCACCCGCGAGACGCUGUACUAGGCUCUGCUCCGGGGGCAGUGGCCAGGAGGAGCCCGGCCAUGGGUCCUUGCCCCCAACAGAGCAGCCCCCACUGGGGAGCCUUAAUCGGGGUCAGGCAGAGGCCAGCCAGUGCUGGAGUCUGAGGCCUGGAACCCCCUCCCACCCCCAGCCCCCAUUUCCCAUUUCUCAUCCGUGUCUCCUGGGCCGGUCCCCUGGGCCUUUCCCCAACCCCUCCCCCAUCUCCUCUGAAAGCCAGAACUAGAGAGUGCUCCUCUCCCACAUCAGAAAAGGGCCUCUAACGAGGAGAAAUUAGUGUGCCACAAAAGGCGGUUUUCUUUGUUCCCAGACUAAUGGAUGGUUCCAGAGAAGGAAAUGAAAGGUGCUGGGUGGAGCCAGGCCUUGGGCAGCUGAGCUGCUGUUCCCAUGCCCACAUCCGUGAGACCCUUUGUCUAGCUGGGGAGUCCCUCCCCCAUCCCCCAUCUGUGAGACCCACACCCCUCUGUCUAGCUGGGGAGUCCUGCCCCCAUCCCCCAUCUGUGAGACCCACACCCCUCUGUCUAGCUGGGGAGUCCUGCCCCCAUCCCCCAUCUGUGAGACCCAUACCCCUCUGUCUAGCUUGGGGAGUCCCUCCCCUGUCCCGCAUCUGUGAGACCUGCACCCCUCUGUCUAGCUGGGGGAUCCUGCACCCAUCCCCCAUUUGUGAGACCCGCACCCCUCUGUCUAGCUUGGGGAGUCCCUCCCCUGUUUCACAUCUGUGAGACCUGCACCCCUCUGUCUAGCUGGGGAGUCCUGCCCCCGUCCCGCAGGCUCCAUGGCUUUAGGCCUCUCUCGCCAACCCUGCCACUCAGACCCAUGCCCCACCUUCCCCAGGCAGUUCCAAGGAUGCUCCCUGACUCGCCCCUGUGGGCCUGGCCAGCUGGGGGCCCACAACUGGGGCCAGGGGGUCCCUCCCACCACCCUCGUCACAGGCAGCUGCAGCCCCCAGAGGGACCCAUGUGCCCAAAAAGGACAAAAAUGGGGUCAGCCUGGAAUUGCCCAGAGCCUGCCUCCCUUCCUGCCUCCUGUCCUCACCCAGGCCAAGGCCAGGAUACUGCAUGGGAGGAGGCUCAGGUCUCAGCCUCACGGUCUUCAGCUGUGGCCUCUGGGGCUGGGCAGAAGGGACGCCGGAUCAGGGGCCUGGCCUCCCGCACCCGCCCAGGUGGCCAUGGCCAGGAUGGGGUGCAGCCUUCAUGUGCUCUGCUUCUGGCUGUGCAGACUGAUGUCUGGCAGCCAGGCCUGGAGCUGGCUUCAAGGUGGGUGCCUGGAGAAGAGGAAUGUGGGACAGGGGCCAUGGUGCCUGGUCCCUGAGCAAGACACCAGGUCCCAGGGACUCAGGCCUCAGGUGAGAAGGGGAGCAGUGCACCCAGGCACCAUGGCCAGCAGCCCUGGACUGAGGCACAGACUCAUGUGUCACCCUCUGGCGACAGCAGCCCUGGCCCCAGCCUCCAGAUGGUUGGAAAGCUGGUGCCUCCCUGGUCUCUAGGAUCCAGGCUCCAUAGAGGACAAGGCUGGCCGGGCCCCUGGCUCGGGAAGGUUGCCUGAGCCCGAGAGAAGACAGUCCCAGGAGAAGCUGGCGGGGGAAGCCGGGAGCUGGGAGCCACAGAAAGCAAUGCUCAGCCAUUUCGAGGAUCUCCCUGUCUCAGAGCAGCCUCUGCCCAGGGGACGUGGGCUCUGAGCAGGCUGCCUGCAUAGCCCGUGGGGACUCCAGACUCAGUUUCCCCAUCUAUGAGAGUCUAAUGCUACAGUAUCUGCAGUGACUUGGAUCUGGCUGUUGAGUUGAUGGGUUACUUGAACCCCACAAAAUCCCUCUCCAACCACAGGACCCUUUGGCUCACCAAGACCGGGGCACAGGGAAUACCAGCCCAUUCACUGAGCUUUCUGCCAAACCUCGCCUCCCCACCCCGGAGGGCCACCAACCCCAGGAAGAUAGGGCCAGCACAGAGGGAGCUCACUCCCCAGCAGAGCUCCCAUGACACGGUCUGCUCUGGGUAGGGAAGCUUUGCCUUUGCCGCCAGCCAGGGGGUCCAGAGGUCAGCCCAACCCCUACCCCUGCUCGGGAGUGGGCUCAGAGUCUAGCAAAUGCUAAGGCCCCCUCAGGCCGGGCUCUGGACGAGGACAUGGACUCGAAGCCAGACACUGCAGCCUCAGACCCUCCUCUGGGGCUCCUUGACCUUGGGCCAUAAUUUUUGAGCCUCAGUUUCUUCAUCUAAGAGUGUGCGGUCAUUCUACCCUCUCAGCUGGAUGGUUCUGCCCUGGAGGAACCCUCCAGAAUAGGCAGAAUGGAUGGUACCUUGAGAGGGGGCAGACCCUCAGUAGACACAGGGUUUCCGGGGCGAGGUCUGUGGCUGCCACUGAAGCUGGCUUUUCCUGUUAGUGUCUUUACGCUCCUAUCUGCAUUUGCUGUGGAUAGGGAUACAUGUGCACACGCCACGGACACAGCCACUACACCCGAUCUCGCCUCAUUAGCUCGAGGCCAGGCUAUGAUGUGACCCCAGAAGCCAGCCCCACGUGCCAUGAGUGCAUUGGUCAUGGAGUCCGGAGCCCCUGAGCUGGCCCCCAGUGAUGAUGCAGCCCCCAGAGCUCAAACGCCCACCCCGGCCCCCGCUUUCUGCAGCUGACGAAAACCCCUGUAUCUCUCAGUAAAGGUGGCCAAGGGCCCUCCAUGUGGACUCGAGUGUUGAGGGCCUGCAUGUGCCCACCCACUCAGUCACUCACUCACUCAGUCACUCAGUCACUCACUCAGUCACUCACUCACUCACUCACUCACUCACUCACUCACUCACUCACUCACUCAUUCACUCACUCAGUCACUCAGUCACUCAGUCACUCACUCACUCAGUCACUCAGUCACUCAGUCACUCAUUCACUCACUCACUCACUCAGUCACUCACCCAUCCACUCACUCACCCACCCACUCAGUCACUCACUCACUCAGUCACUCAGUCACUCACUCACUCACCCACUCAGUCACUCAUUCACCCACUCAGUCACUCAUUCACUCACUCAUUCACUCAGUCACUCACUCAGUCACUCAGUCACUCAGUCACUCACCCACUCAUUCACUAGGGCUUCCAGCAGCACAGCCCCCUGCAGGGCCUCUGAUCUCUGAGGGUCCUGUGUGGGCAAGUUCUCACCCCCGCCCCCCGAGCUUCAGUUUCCUGAUCUGUGAGCUGGGCACAGAGGAGGCUCAGUGAAGGGGGCCCCAGGGUCCCACGACCACUCAGCUCAGAUCUCCAUGGGGCCCUCUAGUCAGCCAGGGAUCCUGUGGUUGGGAGGUCCGUGGCCCCAUCGAGGCCUCAGCGGUGGACGGAUAGGCCCAGCUGUAGUACCAAGCCCCUGGCCUGGGCCCAGCCCCAUGCCAGCCACUGAGGAGACAGAAGUUGUGGCUGAAUCCCCACCCCAGGGCUUCUGCUCUGAAAAUGAUGGUUCCCAGGCAUCUCCCAGACCCACCGUUUCAGACUCUUCCCCCACCAAGCCCCAGGGCACUCCACGUCCCUGGGCUGGGGGCUCGGGCUCUUCACUGUGCUCCUUUUCUCCUGCUUGCCUGAGCCACAGGAGGCCAGUGAGAGCAGAGUCUGCAGGGUGGGGUCUUUCUCACAAGCCUCCUGGGCAUCAGGAUUAGGAGUGCUGGGCUCACCCUGUGGAGCGCAGCAAAAGAAGCAUUUGCUUGGGCUUAAACAGUCCAGGAAGGCUGCCUGGAGGAGGAGGCAGGUGAGCCAGUGGGAGGCAGAGCCUGAGCAAGGGAGAGUUCAGGAGUAAGUGGUCUCCCCAGGGACAUGAGGGGCCCAGGGUGGCUGGAGAGGAGAAGGGCAGGUACUGGGGGAGCAGCAGGGGAGUAAGAAGGUGGGUCAGGGGCUUGAGGAAUUUGAGUGUCCAUGGAGGGGCUGAGUAGGGGUCUGUGGGGAGGCAGAGGGGAGGUGCCUUGGGGCCCCUGUGCUCAGGAGCCUGCCAUGGUUCCUGGGUCCUGGUGGCAGGGAGCACCCCUUCCUGAGGGUCCUCUUGGCCACCCUGGGCAUCCCCAGCCCUGCUUGCCCCUCCCUGCAGCACUGGGCACUCUGAGAGUCUCUACGUGGUGUUGCCCUGUGCUCAGGACUCCUCCUUUCAGGGCAGUCGGGUGGCACAGGGCAGGAGGCGUCUGGGUGAGAGUGCAAAAGAUGAACUGUAGCUCUAAUCAUCUAAAGGGGUUUUGGCACAUGCUGCUGAGUCCCUCCCUCCCAGCACCCAGCACCCAGCACCCACCUUCACCUGCCCUCCCAUGGGGCACUGCCCCUGCCCUGCCCCAGAUCCCCACCAGGCUCAGCCUGUCCCUAUCCGUGCUAAAGUGUUAGCAGCCACAGCAUCUCCUGGUAACAAAGAUCCCCACACCUUAACCCAAAGGACAGAAGAUAAGCUCCCUCCCACUAGGGGCAUGGUCCCCCUACCUUCCCCCCACCCAUGCCGUGGCUGCCCAGCUUGGAAGUGGUGAUAGCUGGAGAGAGGACCCCUGGGACCCUGAUUCAGAAGAGGCUGCAGCGCCUCUGGGAAGACCCUCUUAACCCACAGCAGCUCUCCCAGGAAGCCUUAAGUGCCCUGACAGAGGGAAGCCCAGAGCCAGGCGGAGGAUGGGGCGAGGAGAGCCUGCGCCUCGGCCUCCCCUUCCCGUUGCUGUUACUACCACGAGGGGGCACAGGGAGAGGCCACCCACCAUGUGGAGCCUCGGGGGGCCCAGGUUGUGAACCCAGAGGCUGCGUGGCGAUCAUUGGGUGAAGAGUGGAUGCCAGCGCUUCCCCAGGUGGCACAGCACAGCCAUGAGGGUGCCGGGGCAGAUGCCCAUGGUCCUGGGCUGGACUCCAGCUCUGCCGUGAGCUAGGACCUGGGAUAAUGCAGAAGUCAGCACUCAGGGCCCUGCCCCAAGCACCAAGGCUGGCCCCAUCAGGGGGCCCAGGAGGGAGGAGGCCUGGGGGGAGGCAGAGGCUGCCUUCCUUGGCUUCUGGCCUUGGCAGCCAGGCCAGUGUCCCUCCUGGCCCAGAGCGGGGCCCAGGCCCUGGACCUCUGCCUCUCCAAAAUGGACAUCAACCGUCGCCGCUACCCAGCCCAUCUGGCCCGCAGCUCUUCCCGCAAGUAUACAGAAUUGCCCCACGGGACCAUCUCUGAAGACCAGGCUAUGGGGCCCUCAGAUCUUCCCUGUGACUCCACGGGCCAGGCCUCAACCUAGAAAGAUGGCCAUAGGACUUGCAACUUAGGGUAGUGUCUGAAGAACAGAGGGUGGCUUGACUCUGGAGCCUUUUUCUAGUCUUUUCUGAAGAGCUCCCUGCCCACUCUGUCCACACCCCUGAGCCUUCAGGGGAGGACCAUGGCCCGAAUCAUCCGCAGGCUUUGACACUCCUUGUUGUUUAAGGUUAAGGAACCAGCAUCAUUCAUGCCUAGCCGCCCAGCUCCUUCUCUGUCCCACCCUGGCCUAGUCUGAGCCCCUCCACCAACAGGUAGGUGCCACCCUCCUAUCACUCUGGAGGUGUCCAGGGCAUGGCACUGCCUCAACCUGUUCUGCUCUCCACUCCAAGCCUCUCCUCUCACCUCUCUGAACCUCUCAUCUCCUCUCCCCACCAAGUCUCUCCUCUCUCUCCUCCCUCUGAGGCUCUUCCCCCUCCUCUCCUCCCUCCAAACCUCCCCCCACUCUCUCCCCAUUCUGAGCCUCUCCUCCCUCCCCCACCUCGGAGCCUCCCCCCACUCCUCUCCUCCCUCUGAGCCUCUCCUCCCCUCCUCCCUGAGGCUGGGGGCUGUCUCUCUGGAGGAGGAGGAAGAUGAUUGGGAGAGAAGGACUUUAGGGGCAGAUGUCUGCCAGGCACUGCUGGGAGCCCUGGCUGAACCCAGCUUGUGCAGGAGCCUCCAGCCGCCCUGGAGUUCAGGGUCCUUAGGUCAUUGUCCCCAUUUGACUGGCCAAGGAAGCCAAGGCGUUAUUAAUCUGCCAGGGACCCACAGCCUCCUGAGCUUGGGGACCAUGGCCCUAGCAACCCUUGUGUGCCCCUGGUUACCCACCCUGCAUGCCCACCAGCCGGGAGACUAGGGACGGGGAGGCUACCCAGCGCUGGUGUUGGCUCUGCCCUCACCAUUGUGGGACUUUCAGAAGACCCCAUCUCCCAUGGACCAUGACCAGCAGAAGGGCACCCCUCCUCCUCCGCAGGAGCUGCCAGGCCAGAACAGCCCCCAGCCUCCAGCACACCAGGACCCGGGAGCAGUGAGAGGGCAGAGCCAGGCUGCUUCUCCAGGGUCUGGUGGGGGCCGCUGGUGCCAGUGGCAGGAGGAAGAUCCAGGCUGCGGGGCUCAGAGAGGGAUGAGGGACAGGGCGUGGGUGGCUUUACCCCCAAAUCAGAGAUGCUCACCUGACAGGAGGCCCUGCACCCGCCCGGGCUCUGCCACCUCAGCCUCAGACGCCACACUGUCUAGAUGCUCCGCCCGGGCUGCACCCAGAGCCUCCUGGGGUCUGCUUCCGCCUCCAGGAGCCAUCUGGCUCCUCUCUUCCCCUGGUGGGGGCAUGGGAGAGCAUGCCGGGGAGGACUGCCGGUCGGGCAGCCAGGCAGAGCAGGGUGUGGUGGGCUGUGGCCCCAAGCAGGUUGACCAGAAGGGCGGCCGCGUGGGCUCUGCAGGAGACCCCCUAGGACACAGGUGGGCUCUGCAGGAGACCCCUAGGAUGCAGGUCACACUCAGGGGCAGGGCUGGGGUGCAGGUGUGGGGGGCAGAGGUGGAGGAUCGAACAUAAGGCCUGGGGGCAUCUGGGGGUCUCGAAUGAAGGGUGCCCUCCCCUACCUGCCUGGUCAGACCUUCGUGCCCGUUCCCCACGCACACUUUCACACAGGCUGUUAGCCAACAGUGGUGCCAACAGCAGUGCCAGUGGUGAUGCCAAUGGCAAUUUUUUAACCCUGGCUACAUUUUUUAAGUAAAAUUCUUGGAUUCAGACAACAUGAUUCUCCUUAAAGUAAGAAAGUCUGCUCAUGGCCGGGAGGAAUAAUUACUGUUUGGUAGUGAGUUUCAGUGUCACCCCAAUAAAUCAUGGGGUGCUGCGUGGCAUGGAGGCAAACCCAGAUCAACAAACAAGAGAACACAGGGCUGCUCCAUCCACAGUCACCACCCCUCCUCCCCUCCAGGCUUCUCGCUGAGCCCCUCACUUUCUGCCUGGAGGUCCCCCAGCCCCACAGCCCUUCCCUUUCUCCGGGGUCUUUGUUACAUUAACCACCAGCCCGACUGGCUUCUCUUUGGUUUCUCUCGGCUUUCAGCACACCCAGGGCUCUCCACAACCAAGACCCAGUGCAGGGGAGUUGCCCAGCAAGUGGGAGUGGCCUGAGGUCCCCGAGGCCUUACCAGUUCUGCCUCUCUCUAGGGAUCCCUAGGUUCAGUGCCAAGGAGGGAAGAGUGGGAGCAUCCAGGGAACAAGGUCGGCCUCCUCCCAGGCUCAGCAGGUGGGCGCAUCGGGAAGGCUCGUGGGGACUGGGGACAUACCCAGUGUCCUCCGUAAACACACAGUGGGGUUCUCAGCCACACGAAUGCCAGCGUUUAAAGAACUAAAAACAGCCAGGGGCGUUGGCUCAUGCCUGUCCUCCCAGCACUUUGGGAGGCUGAGGCGGGAGGAUCACUUGAAGGAGUUUUUGAGACCAGCCUGGCCAACAUGGUGAAACUCUGUCUCUACUAAAAAUAUAAAAAUUAGCCGGGCAUGGUGGCAGGCACCUGUAGACUGAACUACUGGGGAGGCUGAGGCAGGAGAAUUGCUUGAACCCAGGAGGCAGAGGCUGCAGUGAGCCAAGAUCACACCACUGCACUCCAGCCUGGGUGACAGAAUGAGAACUCCAUGAAGAAGAAAGAAAGAGAGAAAGGAAGAGAGAGAGAGAAAAAGAACGAAAAAAAAGAAAGAAAGGAUGAAAACCCAGCUACCAUCUGCUUCUGAGCUGAUGAGGAUGCCCCCACAGGAGGACACCCCCAUGAAAGAGCACCCACCACAGGAGGACAUCCCCAUGCGAGGAUGAGAGAACACCCCCACAGGAGGACCCACAAGGGCUGACAGCCUCCAGAAGUACCUUCUGCACCAAGGGUAUCCCUGCCUCAUCCACCUGUUGCCUCCCUACCUUUGCCUCCAUCUCGCAUACCAGGGUGCCUCAGGGCCCCCACCCAGCCACAAGCCACCGGGGCAGAGCCAGGGCCUUGUCGACAGCCAAAUGCUGUCCUCUGGGGAACAAAGAGGAAAGCCCCUUUCCCAACCACCAGCCUUCAGCACUCCCGCUGCCACAGCCCCUGUGUCUCCUGGGCAGGCAGACACAGAACCACUGGGAAACCUAUUCCAGACCAGCUUCCCAGACCCCAGCUGAGCCCCAGGCGAUCAGAAGCUGUGGUGGCCUGGGAAUCUGCAUGUUAAUAACCUCUCCAGGAGAGUCAGAUGCACCCUGGGGUGGGAGAGCUACCUCCCUAUACCUUCUCCAUCAUUCCGUCCCUUCAUUCAUUCAUUCAUCUGUUCAGUGCUCCUCCAGACCUGGCUGACUUGGCAUCCCCUGGCUGGGCACAGAAAGGAGGGUGUGGGGCUCUGCUGCCCCAGCCCCUGCAGGGAAUUCUCACAAUCCCCGUUCACUCAGGGCAUUGGGGAUCACUGUGCCUCAACCCGAGGUUCACUGACAUUGACGAGAACAUGGUAAGAAUGGAAAUAUGGUCGUGGAAUUCCAGCCCAGUCAUGGAGUGGGAGAUGUGGGGACACUGGCCAGGCAGCCUGCCCCAGGCACCCUUGAAUGCCAGUCCCACAGCCACUGUCCCAUGAAGCCAGAACCCCUGUCAAGCCCCUCCCCACCCAGCAGGUCUGCUGAGCUCCACCCCGUUCCAGCACAGAGACAGACGCCUGUGGGCUAUGAGACCCCCACAGGAGGACAAUACCAGCCCGUUGUCUUUGCUAGGUAACAGAGAGCUCUGGAAGAGAAUUCUAUGCACUCUAAAUACCUUUGAAGGAAGAAAAACCAGCCACAGCCACUGAGACCUGAGCUUCCUGUACAGAAAAGGGUCCCUCCCGCCUCCUCCCCUCUCCCAGCUCCCCUACUCACUGCAAUUAUGACUGGAAUUCCAGAUUUUAUCAGAGUGCCAUGGAAACCACGGCCAGGCUGAAUUUAUGAAAUGAAUGACGCCAAGCAGAGAGAGAACCAGUGAGGGGAAGGCAGGGAGCCAAGGCAGGGCAUCGAGUGCAAGGCGGACGAGGAGGAACUGGCACUCGCCCAGCACCUGCAGCACACGAUGAAUGGGCCCUCCCCAGCACAUAUGCACAUACAUGUACCCACACACACAGCACAUGCACAUGCAUGCACCCACACACACAGCACAUGCACAUGCAUGCACCCACACAGAGAACACACACAUGCACAUGCAUGCACCCACCCACACAGCCUGCACACAUGCACACACAUCACACACAUGCACACAGCACACACAUGCACAUGCAUGCACCACACGUGCACACAGCAUGUACACAUGCACAUACAUGCACCCCACGCACAUGCACACAGCACAUACACAUUCACAUACACACACCCCACGCACACGAAUGCAGCAUGCACACAUGCAAGCACAUGCACACCCAUGCACACACAUCAUGCACAUGUGCCACCAUGUGCUUACACACACAACACACUCGUGCACACACACAACACACUCGUGCACACACACAUGCACCCUUGUGCACAUACAUGCACCCAUGUGUACAUGCAUCAUGGCGACAUCCACACAUUGACACUCAGCACGCACACACAGGCACAAGGGCAUAUACACAUUGCCUGCACGCGCACACAGGCAUGGCAGGUAAACAUGAAUGUGCACACACGCACAAAAGUGCUUACACUGGGGCACACUCAGCCUGCACAGGGCCUCCCAUCUCAAAAGGAAGGGCUCGUUCCUUGGGUCUGUGAGACCUGCUGCUUCUCAUCCUACCAGGACAACUAACCAGGUGACUAGCAGAGCCACUGGGGACCCCCCCAGCCAGGCCCAGAACCCCAGCCAAUUACCCAGGGCCUGGGGCAAGGCCCUGUCAGCUCAACCCUCACCACCUGACCUGGUUCAAGACCCAUGGCCACCGAGGGUCAGUCUGCAGCUGGUCAAAGGGGCAGGCACUGGGGUCCUGAGAAGGGGUCAGAGCCUCCCUCACUGCAGGCACUGGGGCCCUCAGGGUCAGCAGCUGUGUCUAGAGCUCACUGGACAAAGGCCAGGCCAGGAACACUUCAGAAAGCACCUGCCUCCCACCCACUCCCAGUCGGUCCCCCACCCCAGGCACCACGCAGCACUGAGGUCUCAUCUCGGGCCCCAGUGCCAGUUCUGUCAGGAUGGGGCAGAACCCUGGGGAAGGGGGGUCCUGUGGCUGGGCCUCCAUGCUGCCAGUACAGCAGAUGACUGCCAGGAAAGGACACUGGUAGCAAUCUGGGGCUCUGCCCAGGGCGCUCUCCCUGGGUUUGGGGAGACUGGAUGCCGGGCACUUGUACCCUCACACUGGCGGCAAUGCCAGACUCUGCCCAGGGCUCUCUGCCUGGGCCAGGGCAGGCUGGGUGCUGGGCAGUUGACAUCUCUGGAGCGGCCCUCGUUUGUCCUCCCCACAGGCAGGAGUUGGAUAAAUACCCAGCCUCCUCCCCACCCCAGGAGAGUCACUGGAGAGUGCCCAGCAGGGGCACUAGGCCAUCAGCCCUCACUGGUACCCCCUUCCCCACUCCCUGCCUUCCCGGGUCACCUCCAAAAUAAAUGAACGGCUUCCAUGUCAA